GCGCGCCGAAUCGCUGCCUCCGCCGUCAGAGCAGCCCUCCGGUUCGACGCGUGUGUCUCGGUGUGCCGCGUCGUUUGCUCUCGUCCACGGCUGCGCACUCGGCGCGUUUCCUCGUGCUGUUGACGGAAGGUGCGCCGCGCUCGGAUCGUGACGCCGGGUGAAACGCCUGCUGCCAGGAGUGGCUGCCAGCACGAUCACACUUCGCUUUCCGUCGUUACCCGUCUGUUUAUGCGUACCUCUGCAGAAGUUGCCGAGUUCUGUCGCUACGCUGCUGCAAGGUAGCCUGCCCCGUGGCUCCGUCGGUGACAUUGGGAGUGCGCUCAACCCCGUGAUAUACCGGUGCAUAUCUGAAAGGCACCCUUGCCUUUCAUUUGCAGAGUAUUGAUGUUGCAAGAGAUGAGCCGCGACGCCGAGAUGAACAACCAGAACACCCAGAAGACGGAAACGAACACGUCGCGGUCCGCCAGGGUUACGGCGACGGUGAAAGUCGAACCGGUGGCUGUGGGAGAAGGACUUAGGCUCAACCCGUACUACUUCAAAACUGUCCCGGGAAUCCUAAAGCUGAUUCAAGUGCUGUUCGGCAUGAUCUGCCUGGGCUGUGCUUCCCCGGCGCUGAUCGGCUACGCCCGGUUCUUCCUGUUCGUGGCGGCGCUCUGCUACAUCGUCACGGUCCUUCUGUGUAUCAUCUACGUGUUGGGCGUCAACACGGCCCUGUCGGCACUGCCGUGGCUCUUGGGCGAGCUUGCGUACACAGUGACGGCUGUCGUCCUCUACAUCAUCGCAUCCGUAACACAGCUGGUGUCACAGUCAAGCUACUACGAAACUUGGCCCACUAUGUUCAGUGCUCUCAACGGCCAAUACAUCGCUGCUGGCGUGUUCGGGCUGCUGCAAGCGAUCGUCUACGGCGCUGGAGCGUUCCUGCUGUUCCAGGACUGGAAGGCAACAAGGCCGCCCCCACCACCCCCGCAGCCACCGCGCCCCACCAACUGAGCUGUGGAUGCCUCUUGCCUCUACGGGACGCUUCCUCCCUGUUUUCGUUACUAUAUUUUUUCGCUCGCCCAGAACAUAGACGAGUUCGGCCACGGCUGCCCACGCACUAACAGAGAAGACACAGCACUCACGAACCGCACACGACACUGCUUGCGGUUCCAAUUACGAGCGCACCGUCUGACUGUAUAGGCCGCCAUCUUCAUUACGCGAAUAUCCAGCGAGAGAGAGAAAAGAACAUUAUUUUGUGCGUUUUUUAUAUAUAUAGUUUGCAACUAUAUUCCUUGUAGUCAUCUCGUUUAUUGCGACCAGUCAAGUUCUCACUCGCGUUAAGUGUGCGUGGUGGUUACCCUCAACCGACACCUGGACAUCCCAUCCUUUUGUAUCUUCGACGCUGUAAAACAAACUCACUGACACACUUGCGUACCGCCAUUAGAUUCUCAAAACAGGUUAUUAAAAAACUGAGUGCUGUCUGAGUUUUUGUGAAGGUUGUGUUUUGCGCUAGCAAUGGUGGGAGCAAUUUUCGAUGCAUUCGAGGGCAUUAUAGUUCCGCGCAGUGGAUCAAAAGAAGCGUAUUCCAUUGUGUGUGCGUGAGUCUAGCACUGCUUGCGAAGCGUCAUACAUUUAGCGUACUAUAGAAUAACAUUUUAGUUCGCUACAGCUACGCCACAAUCACUGGCAUCCAAGUUGUAGGGACUCCUUCGUUCGGCAACUGUGCAGACCUCUUGCUGUGGCUUAUUCUUUCCCGCGGCUAUUGAUGAGUACCUGGUUAUGUUCAUAAAUUAAUACUUUUGAGCUAGUUACCUCCCCCUCGCCUUUUUUUUGGGGGGGGGGAGGGGGCAGCAAAAACAUGUCUGCAACUGAGCUGCCUUGAGCCAUUCAUCAACGUCAGAAGAGUUUAGAUAGUGGCAAUGUUCAUCGCCCUUCUCUCGUCGAGAAUAAAGGGAUAGACGCCCAAGAUAAAUGAAUAUAACACGCAGACAAAACUAAUUUAAUACUUUCCUGUAGUUUGAAGUCAGAAACUUAUAUAACGUGAAUAAAGAAGAAGCGCUGACGGUUGCCGAAUCGUUAGGAAUGUCGGGUACACUUUUUUUAUAGUUUUAAAACAGGCCCACGGUGCGUUUAGCUGAAAGACAUAUUUAUUAUUUACCCUUGGAACGCUUAGUGUAUCGGCAGGGUUCAAAGAUCAUAUCAUCGAGGAUAACUGAGAUCGCCUGGACUGCCCUCGCAAGUUGAAGAAGCUGCAAGAUAACUCUCAUACUCAAUACCAGCGGCACCAUGACAGCUCACUACAAUACACUAUAGAGGCGGCGUAUUACACAGAGUUUUCACAUGCUUUGUGCAUUACUGCGUAGGUAAAGUAUGUAGUCGAUGGACAUGCGUACACAUUGUUGUUGUUUUUUACGACAUACCACUGAACAACGAACGUUACCUAGAGUUUUCUAAAAGAGCUUCAUUACGUGCAUAUAUCAAUUUACUUUUAUAUGUUCUGAGAUUCCGGGUUCACAAAAUAAAAUAUUUGCUUUAUACGCUGGUCGAAGCAAAAUAUACAUCUGUAUAUACUGUUACAGGUGCAAUAAUUAUUUGUUUAUCUCUCUGAGACGUAUACGAAUAUAUUUAAAAUGCCAUUACUAAUCCGCGCUACUUACUUCUAUCUCUAAGGAGAACAGUUGGUUCCCUUGUCUACAAAAACAAGACACUGUUCAUCGUGCAUGGGUGCGGAUGCCGAUCGCGCAACGCGAGCAAUUAAUUAUAAUUAUUCGACGAUGCAUUUACGCACUAACAAUAUACCUGAACUCGCCAUUCUUGUCACACCCAAAUGAAAUAAAUACAUGUGCAACCGCGCGCA